AUGGACACGGAAGCAUUGGCUAACUAUUUGCUGCGGCAGCUAAGUCUAGAUGCGGACGAAAACAGACUAGAAGAUCUUCUUCAGCGGCAGAAUGUGGAUAAGGAGCCCAGCCAAGAAUAUAACAAGAAACUAUUAUUAGCAUGUGGGUUCCAGGCCAUUUUGAGGAAAAUUUUGUCGGAUGCUAGAGCAAAGGCAGCAGGAGAAGGCUUAAGGGAAGUCUAUCCUUAUCAUGUUGAAGCUGCAACAAGGGCUUUUUUGGAUAGUCAAUGA